AUGCCAGAUGGUGAACUCCCUGCCGUGGAACUGACACGGGCCACCCUGGCGGAAGUUCCUUCGGCCGUCCCUGUUGUGUCUUCCGCGCCCCGUCGUCCAAGCGGCAUCGUGUUUUGCUCGCCCCCCCCGGUCGUCACUGCCGUUAUGAGUAUGACCCCAGCGCCGUCGCCUCAGGAGUCGGUUGUGGUGACCGCGCUUGCAGUGGUUGAGGCCGCAGUUACUGACGCGCCGAGCCCACCGCCUGUUUCUUCGGCGGUCUUGACCGAGCUUUCAGCUACUGCAGCUCUUGAUGCGCCGUCGGCCGCUCAAAAGACCACCUCCUCCGAUGAUCUCAAGGAGUUAUACUCCAGCCUCCAUGAAGAGGGAGGCAGCUCGUCCUCGGCUCCUUUGGACGAGGAUUCCAGGGCCGUUGUUGAAAAGCUCCGGGAGUUCCUCUUCUUUGGGGUUCACCAAAUGACCACGGCCGAGGCAUUCAUGGAGUUUAGGUCUUGCCUGGAUAUGGCCAUGGCGAUGGGCCUGCUAGAUUCGGCUCAGCUGGAUGAGCUCCAGGUACGCCUGGCCGAGGGUGAGGAGAUGAUUGGUCGAUAUGCUGAGGCCAACCUGAGGAUGACCGAGGGGUGCUCGCUCGAGCAGGAGCUGUCAUCGAUCAAAGAACAAGUCCAACCUGCCAUGGCUCGUUUGAAGGAGAAUGACCUCGUUGUCCAACAAGAGAAUGAAGAACUUGCGCAGGUCGAGGCUCAGAUUGCCGAGCUCCAGGCCCGUCAAGCCCUCAUCCUUCAGCGCCGAGAUGGUGUGGUUGUGGUGGGCAUCGAGCUGAAGUCUUCGGCCAGGCAAAUCCUCAAGGUGGCGACCGAGAAGAAGAGGGCAUUGGCCAAGAGGAAGUUGAUCCGGGCGAGGUGGCAGGCGGAUAUAGACAGCGGAGACAUCGCCUGGAGAAGGAUAACCUGCCUGAUCUGGGGGAUGUUCAAUGAAGGCGUUUAG